ACGACGAGGAUGGCAGUGUGCGUCCUCUAUCGGUCAUCUUUUGAAACUGAUCUACCAGCGAUGGAAUAAAGGGAGGCCCAGUGAGGAUGCUGUCACCGGCUGUCUACAACCCCGAAAUGACAACCAAACAAUUUCCAAACGUUUUGGUGUCAUGUAAUUAAUUUUCUUCGGGUGGAUGAUGACAAUGAUGGAGUCCCCGUGGUCGGUACAAGCCGUCCAGGAGUUCCUUAUAGAGCGAGGAGGGAGGGUCCAACAGAUGGAGCUGAUUGAUCACUUCAUGGCGACCGGGGGUGGUGGAAGUGACGCGUCGAAGGACAAGGAGGCUCUGAGAUGCGUCGUGGACACACUGGGUGUCGUGGAACUGGAAAGUGGCGUGAAAUACGUACGUUUGAAUGAGAACAGAGACAGCCGCGAGAACGUAACCGAGUGCAACGGGAACGUGCACCGAACACCAAACAGCAACCUAUUCAGCAUCAACGAACAGCAAACAGGAGCUUCUUGCACUAUGGACGGUGUUAAUCAGUCCGACAGCCACGACCCACAUGAAGCCCCCUCCCCGACCGACAAGCUCGCCACUACCCCCGCUAACGUCGAAGGCGCCACAGAGGUGAAGCUGAGGGAGAGAAGGCGUCGUGAGUCGGCCCCGGUGAUUGCGGUGCCAGAUCUGGACCAUCCCGCCGGCUCCCAAAGCCAGCAGGUUCGAGGGGCCCGCAGGGUGUCAAAAGGGUCCCAACGGGCCUUGCUGUCCAGCUGCCUGUCUGAAGACAGCACCAUAGAAGGCCUGGACCAAACACUUGAUGUCAACACGCCAAAAGGGAGCCGCAGGAACUUCAUUGAGCUGAUGAUGAAUUGUUCUCCUCAGGUUCGGCGGUCUCUCAUCAGUCGAGGUCCGCGCCUUCGAGACUCGAUGAGGAGCGACGGCGACUCGGUGUCUCUCCUCUCCUCCUCGGCCACCGACGAGGACUGCGCCUCAGUGACGCUGGACCCGAUGGAGCACGAGUGGAUGCUGUGCGCCUCGGAGGGCCUGUGGGAGAGCCUGCAGCCCCUUUUGGCUGUGGAGGCCGGCCUGGUGGCCAAGAGAGACUUUAUCACCGGCUUCACUUGCCUCCACUGGGCAGCCAAGCAGGGCAAGGCCGAGCUGCUCUCCCAGCUGAUGAUGUUUGCUAAGGACAACGCUGUGCCCGUGAACGUCAAUGUGAGGUCCAGCGCUGGAUACACACCUCUCCACCUGGCAGCCAUGCAUGGACACAUUCAGGUGAUGCGCGUGCUGCUGUCUGAUUGGGAAGCGGACCCUGAGGUGAGGGAUUACAGCGGUAGACGAGCCAUUCAGUACCUGCCCGCACCGCUGCCUGCAGACCUGCAGGACCAAUGCGCGGUCACCUCUCCGAGAGCCAAGUCCAAAUCCCCGAACGUCAUCGGCGAUGGGGCACGUGGCUGGAGGUUUCCUAAAGUACUCCAUGGAAAUCUAAACCCGCUGCGUCUCCUUAGCUCGCCAGCCGGUGACUCAGAGGAGGCGCUCGGAAAUGAGAGGACCAAGGGUGGCAUGCUUAGGAAGUCGUCUCUGAGUAAGCUGAACGCCCGGCUGCAUCGGGGGCGACAUAGGGCACAGAUUAUACAUAGCGCCUCCUUCAGGGACACGGGAGAAGUAGGGAGAGGCGAUGAGCUGCCCAGCGGCACCCCGCAGCGAACACGGCCGCUCUCCAACCUGUUUGGAUGAAGGUCCUCUUUAUCUAUCAUGACUUUAUAUUUAUUGAUAGUGUUUUUACAACUUCAAUUUAUUAUAUAUUGUACAGCCAAGCCUUUUUAAAGUUUUUAAGUAACACACUGCUCUUCCAAGAAAUACUGUAGAUUUUUGUUCCUGUUCUUCAGUUUUUCAAUAAUGGGCUAAUUUAUUUAGUUUUUUUAUAUACGCUAUCAGAUUAAUUUAUUUUAGACAGACAAUGAAUGAAUGAAUGCAUCCUUGAAUGUUUUUUUUUUGGAUUUGUGGGAUGGAGCAAAGGGAAGUUUUUCAUUUCACACUGGUGGCAUACUUCACUUUAAUCAAAAAUGGUGUUUAUUGUUCAUAAUAUAUAGAGUGGGAGUUUUUCCCAUUCAAUUUUUUUUUUUCAAAUUCUUCUGCUUUCAUCUUUGGGUACAGCCGUUCUAUUUGCACUCGUCACUUUCAAGACUGUAAGCACAUAAUUGAAGAACUUGUUCAAACUACAACCAUGACAACUACUGUUUAAAAUCUUACACAACAUUUAAUUUGUUCUCCUUUGCUUUUCUUUAAAAUUAGAUGACAUGGGGUUGCACUGAUGGGGUAUGCUCUGGCCUAUUCAUAUUAUUUAAAGACACUAAUCAGUUGCACAACCAGCCUGUUUUACAUUUUUGUGGAGCCAAUGCAAUUUUUUUCUAACGCACCAAACUCUUAAUACAUUUGUUGUGCUUUUUCUGCUACCAAGUAUGUAUAUUUUUCCAAGCAUGAUUGGAAAUGACAGAUUUUUCCACUUAUCUCAUGUCGUGCCUCAUGAGGCCUGCUGAAUAAAUGUCAUUUAAUAUGAUAUGGGGAGUUCAGGGACCUUUACAACCAGCGUAGCACAUGCUAGUAAAUAUGCAAUUAAACAAGCACAGUCUCAUUCAACACACUAGAAUGCGUUUCUUUACAAGUCGCUGUAACUUGUGCAGAUUUGGUUAUUAGGUGUUUGAUAGAAUUUAGAAUUAGAAUUAGAAUAUCCUAUAUGAUUUGUUGAAGUCCUUGUCAUGUACAUGAGCCUUUCUUAAAAUAUGUUGAUCUUUGCAUUUAUACUGCACUGGUCACCUCAAUUCCCUCAGUUGUAAUAAUCAUCUGGGCUCAUGUUGUUGUAUAUUGUGUAUGAUGUGUGCAUCUCUUUUCACCUGCAUGAGUGUAGGAACACUGUUUACUUAAUACUGUGAAGUUACCGUAUGGGUAAAAACCUCCGUCAUUGUUUCCGUCUUUUCCAAACUGAAAUG